CACGUCCGUGCUUGGCUCUGGAUUGCCCUGUCUGCUGGGGAACGGGGAAGGGACAUGGCUGCAGCGGAUCAUGCUCAGGGGUCGGUGACCUUCGAGGAGAUGGCUGUGUAUUUCCCUGAGGGGCAGUGGGCUCUGCUGGAUCCACGUCACAGAGUUCUUUACAGGGACCUCCUGGGGUUUCCUGUUCCCAAAUCCAGUGAGAUCUCCCGGCUGAACCGAGGGGAAGAGCCAUGGGGCCCAGAUUUCCAGGGCUCUGAAGAAAGGGGGAUCCUUAGAAGCAGCCACACAGGAGAUGGGAUGGGCAGUGAGAGCGAGGAGGAGAACUCUCAGCUGGAAGGUCCUGAGCUAGUGCAACCGCACAGGAGGAUGUCGGGAAGAGCUGAAGGGAACGUUUCCCAGAGCCCUGAGCAGGGAGAAGCCUGGGAGAGUCAGCACAGACUGCAAAGGCAGCCAGGAACCCAGCCAGGGAAAGGAUUGGAUAAAUCGUGUCACAGGCCCAUGGACACCACCCACCAGAGAAUCCCCAAUGAAGAGAGACCGACCAUCUGUGAGGAAUGUGGCAGAAGCUUCAGUCGCAGCUCAAACCUGAUUGUCCAUCAGAGACUCCACGCCGGAGAGAAACCCUAUAAAUGUCUGGACUGUGGGAAAAGCUUCAGCCGGAGCUCCCACCUGAUCACUCAUCAGAGACUGCACACGGGGGAGAAGCCCUACAAGUGCCCCAACUGCGGGAAAAGCUUCAGUGACAGCUCCACCCUCAUCACCCACCAGAGACUCCACACCGGAGAGAAACCCUACAAAUGCCCUGACUGCGGGAAAGGCUUCAACCAGAGCUCCAACCUCACUUCCCACCAGAGAACCCACACAGGGGAGAGACCCUACAAGUGCCCCGAGUGCGGGAAAAGCUUCAGUGUCAGCUCCUACCUCAUCAGGCACCAGAAAAUUCACACGGGGGAGAGACCCUACAAAUGCGAGGAGUGUGAGAAGAGCUUCAGUCAGAGCUCCAGUCUUAUCAAUCACCAGCGAGUGCACACCGGAGAGAAACCCUAUAAGUGCAUUGAUUGUAACAAAUGGUUCAGGAACAGCUCGGACCUGAUUAGACACCAGAGAACCCACACGGGAGAGAGACCAUAUCGGUGCCCCGACUGCGGGAAAAGCUUCAAUCGCAGCUCGAACCUCAUGACGCACCAGAGGAUCCACACAGGAGAGAAGCCCUACGAAUGCCCCGAGUGCAGGAGGAGCUUCACCGUGAGCUCAGCCCUGAUCAAACACCAGAGGACUCACCGGGAGGAGAAGCCUUAUGACUGCCCUGAUUGCGGGAAAAGCUUCAUUCGCUGCUCCAAUUUUCUUACGCAUCGGAGAAUCCACACGAGGUAGAAGCCGGCAUCCCCUGAUAUCCCUGCCCCCCCAUGCCAGCUCAGAAGGAGCCACUUGGAGCCAGGGUCAGCCUGGCUGGCAGACUCCAGGGAGCUGCUGCUCAGUGGGGUCUGGGAAUCUGGUUUUGGGGCACAGAGGACUGGGGCAGAUGGUUAUUUCUAGGAAGGGAGGGAUUAUUUUGUUUUGGAUUUCAGACACUUUUAUAAACACAGUCCCACUCAUGCAGCCUCAGCAGGUGGCACCAUGCCAGGCGGCUUUACCCUGCCUGUCCUUGUGGUGCUGAGGAUGCCUAGAAAGCAGUGGUUAUACUAAUAAACAUGUCUAUGGGCUUUAUCGAUGUUACGUUCGUACAAUGUGCCUGGGGAGGUUACACAAAUCAAACUGGCCGUGGAAAAGCAGACUCAUACUCAGAGAUUCAUUAAGUUUGAAAAACGGUGCUGAAUUAAUGGCAUUUGAAGCACGCAUUUGGAUACAGACGCCCCCGGGAAAGUUUAUCUAUGCACUGGUUUCACCUGAUAAGUAACAAAGAAUUCAAACAUAUGUCUGCUCUGGCCCAGCGACAGCUCGGUCAUUCUAAGUGUCGGGAAGUGUGUCCCUGAGUUCAUAGAAGCCUGUAAAUGAUGUAAAUGUAUAUUGUGUUCUGUGUGGCAAUAGCCAGCUGUCACAGAGUCACAGGAUCUGGUCUGGCCCCAGCCUGUUAUCAGCCCCGUGGGAGUGACCCCUUUAAUGUGCCCGUCCCAAGGACCCACACAGCUCCACAGGGGGAGGCCUGUGGCCUCCAUGACUCCCAGACUGGGCCUUCGGCGCCAGCAAUCCCUGUCUGUGGCUCCCUGCAGCAAAUCCAGCCCAGCCAGAGUCCUGCAGGGCACAGUGCUCUCAGUGAAUAUCUGCAGUGACACCAAGCGGCCCUUUCAACAGAAGGUGACAAUUCAUUAGUUACCUGGCAUAUAGAAUCUGAAAGUCCUUACGUUAGCACAGUGGGGCAAAGGUUAACACAUGGUCCAUGCUGGCUACAUCAGUGCAACCAGCCAGCAUCUGUUUCGGUCUCGGUUUCUCCUCUCGAUGGCAUACCAGGUGAGAGUCCAGACUCUUUUUGUAAAAGCCAGGAGUUAUCCCAGUAUCCUGACACCAGUUCGACCCAUUGUUCUUGAGCUGGGGCCUUUGCUCUGCUGAGAGGUGGGGGGAAAACUCCUUCCUUUUGGUCUGGUUCCCGGGUCUGAAUGUCUGGCAUUUAAAAAAGGGUCGGUUUCAGCCCAUCCUUUAAUGUCCCAGUCACUGCACCCCAGUCAGCUACAUGACACAGCAUCUUAUGUCUGCUGCUCUGCCACAAGAUCCGCAUUUUGAACCCUUUUGCACCCACUGGGUGGCUAUGCAGAGUACGGAGGGAAACUGAGGCACGCCCAGGAACCAUAAAAAUAUUACAGAAAAUUCCCGCUUUGUCACACCAGCCUCAUUUGUUAUACUAGCUCAGCAUAGAGCUACUUUGUUAGGAAGAUGUAUGUGCAUAUCCCAAAGAGGAGCUGGCAGCCUGUAGACAGACUGAUGGGCACUCACCACAGCUCAGUCACAGACGACGUUGGCUUGAAUUUGGGUGGUUUUAUAAAUCAUUGUUUUACCACUUGGUGAAAGUAACAUAGGAGCUUCCAGUACACCAUGACUGGGAUUGCAGAGUAUUUAUGGUAACAGCUUCUGGUGAACUUGACAUAGAUAUAACUUUGAUACCGGUUACCAUGGAGCUAUGUUAAUGUGAGAUAUCUCUGUGUGAAAGGAAGAGGCUUGUCUCUGGAUUGUCAUAGUCUUAAGGCAAAUUUAAACUGAAUUGACAUGUCAGUGACCAAGCAAUUGUUUAAAGGUUGCCUUUUAAGAAUGACUCUUUGUUGAGCUGCCACUCACAGUCCCAUAACUUUGGGUUACAAAGUUUGACUGGUAAAUUGAUCCAGCCCUGUACUAAGGAUUCAGUGUUGUAGUAAAAGCCCCCACUCCAUGCUACAGUACGUUUCCUAUUGAUUGGUAAAUCUUUGUGGUUUGAUUUAUUACUUGUUAGUAAGUGAGGGUGGGGGUUAACACCAUAUCUUAACAUUUUUUGUUGUAACUUCAUGCACUCUGCUCUGUUCAUCUUCAAGUUCUGUUUUGAGUACUAAAGCUGAUUAAUAAGAAGCUUCUCAUCUGUACGUCAGCUAAGCAUCGUGAAAUCCAACGAAUUCCAAACAAACGAAAAACAGUAGGGAGAUAAACCAAGCUCCCCUGCAGAAGGUGCAUCUUUCUCCCUGUGAAGAGCUCUGUCAAAUUAAUAGGCCAUCCACCCAGACUGAUGAAGCACAAUGAGCAGGAGAAAGUAUUACCAAUACUGGAAUGCAAUAUGUUAUCAUUAUGGU